UCUUUGGUUUUUGUGGUGGGAAUAUCGAUUCACAUGUGGCAAUUGUUAUCUCGUCUAGUCAACAACAAGUUACUGUUGACACAGUUAGGAAAGCAAUGUAAAAGAGGAUUGAGUUCUUCUACCGAAAAGAAACUGAAUGUUGCGGUGAUCGGUGGUGGUCGUAUUGGCCAAGUACAUAUGGAAACCUUGUCUUUUCAUACUCCCUUAGCUAAGCCCGUCAUGAUAGUAGAUUUUAUAGAAAAGGUUGCCAAAUCAACAGCUGAAAAGUUUGGAGUUGCAAAAUAUUCCACUGAUUUCAAAGAUGUAUUAAAGGAUCCUAACAUUGAGGCUGUUUGGAUAUGUUCUCCCUCUUCCCAACACUCAGAGCAAAUCAAGGCACUUGCUGCAGCUGGAAAACAUAUUUUCUGUGAAAAGCCGUUGGCGAUAACUUUAAAAGAAGCUGAAGAGGUUAUUGCAGCUGUCGAGAAAGCAAAAGUGAAGAUGAUGUUGGCCUUCCAACGUCGCUUUGAUCCUAACUUUGCUAGAGCAAAGCAGUGCGUCCAAUCAGGAGCAGUGGGAGAUGUCUAUGCAGUUCAUCUUAUCAGUCGAGAUCCUGCUCCACCACCGAUAGAAUAUAUCCAAAGUUCUGGAGGUAUUCAUAAUGAUAUGGCUAUUCAUGACUUUGAUAUAGCUCGUUUUAUGACUGGAAGUGAAUGUGAAGAGAUAAUUGCUUAUGGAGCUUGUCGUGUAGAUCCAAAAAUCGCUUCAGAGGGAAAAGACAUUGAUACUGCAAUAACUUUGCUCAAGUUCAAAAAUGGUGCUUUUUGUACGAUCGACAACUGUCGUCAAUCUCCUUCAGGAUAUGAUCAGCGAGUGGAAGUUUUUGGCUCCAAAGGACUUGUGCGUUUUGGUAAUAAUUUUCCUAAUAAUGUUUUUAUCGAAGAUGGCCAGUCCAUUCGAAGAAGUGAUCUUCCCUUUAACUUCUUUAUGGAUCGUUAUACGGAUGCCUAUCGUAAUGAAACGAAAGAGUUUGUAAAAUGCAUAUUGGAAAACAAAGAACCUCCUACAAGUGGUCGAGAUGGAACUGCUGCAAUGGCAAUGGCUAUCGCAGCUAAGAAAAGUCUUUUGGAGAAAAGGCCCGUAAAACUCUCCGAAAUAACUGCUUAAGUUUCGUUUCAUAAACUUUCUCUAUUCUGUUUUGUCCAAUAUGUCUACUUCUUUUUCAUUUCGAAACUCCAUCAAUAAGAAAUCAAUAUCUUCAAUCACUUGAGAAAGAGUAAGAUAUUGUCUACUUAAUAUGGCUUGCUGUUCUGCAAGUUCCAAACCGUCUAACCUAUCCUUGAAAAGUUUCAUAUCUUUGCGAAUCUUUUGGACGGAAACUGUAGUCUCCAAUUUAUACUUUUCUAAUUGCUCCAACUGUUCUAUCCACUCAUAAAUAGAGUGCUCAUAAGAAACACUCGACUUUAGGUUGGCAAGUCUCUCAUCCAAGGAUUCUAGAUGAUUCUACCCAUAAAAAGAAUAACAACUAA